AUGGAUGGUCAAUCUGAGGUUACCAACAGAACCCUUGAAAACAUGGUUAGGAGCUUUUGCAGAGACAGGCCGAAGCAAUGGGAUGUUGCAUUGCCACAAGUGGAGUUCACUUACAACAAUACUUUGAGGGAAGAAUUGAAGGAAAAGCUAGAGAGGACCAACGCCAAAUUUAAGGUCGCCGCUAACAAGUGCCGCUGUGUGAAGCUAUUCUAG